AUGCCGGAGUCCAGCAACAAUGCAGCUCAAGCAUUAAAGCCGAACUUCGAUGGUCGAGGCCCAGACCACUGGACCGCCAAGGCCUACUCUGCCUCCGCCUCCUUCGUGCCCCUCCUCACACAAGAGAUCGUCCGGUGGCUGGAUCCUCAACCCCACGACAUAAUUCUCGAUCUUGGUUGCGGCGACGGCGUACUGACGGCGAAGAUACGCUCCAGCUGCUCUCGUGUCGCUGGCUUCGAUGCCUCUGCGAACCUCAUCAAAGCGGCCGAGAAUACCUACGGCACCAAUGAAAAUCUUACCUGGAACGUGCUCGACUGCCGAUACCUUGAAAAUUGCAACUCUGUCAAAGAGGCGGAGUAUACCAAGAUCUUCUCGAACGCCGCACUACAUUGGAUCCUUCGGGAUGCGGCAACGCGAAUGUCUGUCUUCCGAGGUGCAUACAGAGCGCUACAGCCAGGUGGCACCUUCGUGUUCGAGAUGGGUGGAGCCGGGAAUAUUGCAGAUGUCCAUACGGCACUUUUGGCCGCUCUAGUACACCAAGGUGUGGGUAUUGAGAAGGCUAGGGAGGCAUGUCCGUGGUUCUUCCCCUCCGAGAAAAUGAUGACGGGGAUGCUGGAGGAGGCGGGGUUCCGAGUGGAAAAGAUGAAGUUGGUGUAUAGACCUACGGAGUUGACUGCGGAGAAGGAAGGGGGCUUGAAGGGAUGGUUGAGAUUGAUGGGAGCGAACUUCCUCGAUGUGCUGCCUACGAAGGACAAGAAGGAGGCUGUGGUCAGGGAGGUUUGUGAUGUGCUCCAGACAGUCCUUACUCACGAGGCAGAUGAAAGCAUGUGGCUUGGAUAUGUGAGGCUCAAGGUAGUUGCGAGGAAGUGA